CUUGGUUUCGGCUACCGACCUUUUCUUCCCCAAAUCCCCAUGUCAUCUGUCAUCGGCAUCUCAGGGCUCCAACAAGGCAAGGGAAUGCUACUGUCUCAUGUCAGCAAUGGCCGACACCUCAGGACUCCACCGCUGCUCCGUGUGCUUCAAGACCUACAAACGGCGAGAGCACCUCCAGCGCCAUCGCGGCACGCACACAUCCGAGAGACCCCACCGCUGCAUCCUCUGCAAUGCUGCCUUCCAGCGGACCGAUGUGUUGAAGCGCCAUCUCCAGACCUGUGACGGCGCCGCCAACUCGUCCUCGGGCCGUCGUCGUGCCUGUGACCGCUGUGUUCGCCAGAAGAAGGCCUGCAACUCGGGCCAGCCGUGUCUCAACUGCGAAAAGAGAGGUGUCGAGUGCACCUAUGGCGGCUCUGCCGGUGCCGGUGCCAGUAACGGUGCCAGCAAUAGCGCAGCCCCCCUCCCUGCUCCUCCUGUCUCCGCCCCCGGACACCCCUCCAUCCUGGGAGAGACCUCCUCAGCUCCUCCUCUUCCCCCUAUCAUGCCACAGCUCCCACCGGUACCGGCCCCGAUACACCACCACCACCACCACCAGACCUUUGACGAUGCUUCCUCGGCCAUCGUCUCGACUCACGGCGGCAGCAUGGACGACGGCACAGCGUCCACCUUUGAUGAUGUGCCCUAUGACGAUCUCGAUGCCCUGAUCCACCAAGCCGUCACAACAUUUCCUGUUCUUGACGGUCACCACUCCAUGCCGGACGGAUGGCUGGAUAUCGACUUCUCCCACCAACCCAAUCCCGGCGGGCAUGACGGCCUCACCGAGCAAGAUCACCAAGCCGAGGUUUUCCAGCGGGAGCUGAGCCCAAGCUCAACCACUUCAGAGUAUAGAGGCUACUCUUUUGGAUUCUUGUACGACUUCACCAGCCGGACUGGUUUGGUCUCAUCGUUCGAAUGUGCUACUCUGGCUCAGCGGCACCAGAUCGUGGCGGCAUUUCAUAAUUCCUACCUAGAACGCCAACAUCCAGAAUUCUUGGGUGCUGUUCCACCUCUCUUCAUGCCACUAGACGACCCAACUGCCGCCGCACUAACGGCUAGUGGCGUGUCCGGCAGCAACACCCUUUCAUCUUGGUCACUAUGGCUCCAUAACCCUAUAGUAAUCAAACUGCAGCAGGUGGUCUUACUAAUCAAAAAUGUUGUCACGGUCAAGCCGAACAAUAGCACUGUCACCCUUACGUGGUCCGCCGCCCUUGAACAGCAAUGUCUUCAGUUCUUCUCGCCAUCGAGGUUCGCCAGGUUCAUCGAGCUAUACUGGUCAGUCUGGCAUCCGAACGUGAACAUACUCCAUCGCCCAACCUUUGACCCGACCACGUGCAAGUCCAUCCUCUUGGCCGCCAUGGCUCUCAUAGACCCAGCGGACAAUGAGGAUGCCAAGGUGUGGUUCAACUGUGUGGAGGAGAUGGUCUUUACAGAUGACGACUUCUGUAGGGAUAUUGAGCCUAGCACAGAAGUCACCUCCCCAACAAGUGUGCUUGCCAGCCGCCGCAAGCUUCAAGCACUACAAGCCUCGUACAUUGUAUGUCUGUACCAAAAUUGGGAAGGAACUGAUGCCGGGAAGAGGAGGAUUCGCCGCCAUCGGUUCAGCACAGUGGUGUCUGUGGCGCGAGAUCUGGGUAUCGACACUGCUCGACAUCCUGACUACAGCAGGCAGUUCAAGCAUGAUUUCAACUGGAUGGAGUUCGUCGUGCGGGAGGAACUUAUUCGCACGUUCUUGUGGAUAUUCCUUGUCGACACGGCAUUCGUCAUUUUCAACAACCUGCCCCAUCGCAUGGUGAUCAAGGAGAUGAAAAUGCACAUGGCAAGCCCGGAGGUGUGUUUCCAGGCCGCUAGCGCAGAGGCGUGUCUCGCAGAGAUCCAUCGAUGGAUGCCUCCAUCAAGUCCGUUUGGGGGUAUGCUCCUUCGCGAUGCGAUUGAGCAGCUUUGCAUUGGUCCCAUGUCCCCCGAAAUGCACCGGCACUUUUCUCAUCUGGGUCCUGUCAACCUGUUCGCAACGGUUUCGGCGAUUCAUUACAUGAUCUUCCAACACCAAAAUCUGUUUGGCGUCGAAGGCCAACUCAUACCGAUUCGCAAUGCGUUGGAUAACUGGAUCACCAUAUGGGAGAGGUGUUUUGACAUGUCGACAUCAUGUUGGCCCCACGGGCUCCUGCAAGAUCACAACCUGCCUCCCGAGAUGCUCUGGAAGCGGAUCGGGUUUGUCCGGUUCUCAGCCGAGUACUGGCUUCUCGGGAGUCUUCUCACAAAUCGCCUCUCUGCGACGAUUUCAAAGCCCAUGGCCCGUCACCCUCACAUGGGUGCCUCUCCACCCGAACAAUAUGGCGACCAGGGAGCCGUCACCAAGCCGGCCAGGGUUGAGCCAAUCUUGAACAAGUACGACCAGACGAGCAUGCGGCAGGUCAACGACCUCAUCACGGACUUUCAAAAGUUCAACGUUGAGUAA